AUGCUUGCACGUCACAGACCCAGAGAUAUUNUGUAUUUCUAUAUGGCAGUGUGGAUACUGAAUGGUUUGCUACAGUCCAGUGGCUGGCCCACUGUGGUGGCUAUCAUGGGGAACUGGUUUGGAAAGUCUAGUCGUGGUGUGGUGUUUGGUAUCUGGAGUGCCUGUGCAUCAGUUGGGAACAUAAUUGGGACUCUUCUCAGUGCUGCUGUCCUCCCCUUUGGAUAUGAGUAUCCAUUCCUGGUCACAUCUGCUGUUCUAUUUGCUGGAGGCGUGGUGGUAUUCUUUGGAUUGAUUCCAUCUCCGAGAGAGAUAGGGAUGCCAGAGGCAGAUGAGGAGGAGGAGGAGGAUAAAACUGGUGCUGGUGUCACAACCCCACUUUUGGUGGAUGAAGUGAAUGGAGAUGGACCUAAUACAGAAGACCACAAGGAGAGGGCUGAGGCUAUUGGGGUCCUUCAGGCCAUUCUGCUGCCAGGGGUCAUUCCGUAUUCCCUAUCUUAUGCUUGCCUGAAGUUGGUGAACUACUCUUUCUUCUUCUGGCUGCCAUUUUACCUGGCAGUCCAUUUCAAUUGGCCGGAUACCACAGCAGAUGACCUGUCAAUCUGGUAUGAUGUGGGCGGGAUUAUAGCAGGAAUUGUGGGAGGAUUGAUUUCAGAUAUUAUGAGAAAGAGAUCACCAGUAGUUGUUUUUAUGUUAAUACUAGCACUGCCAUCUUUGUUCAUUUAUAGUAAAUCACCAAAAGAUCUAUAUUGGAAUGGUUUCUUAAUGGGCGUGACUGGUUUCUUCAUAGGAGGACCUGCUAAUUUAAUAAGCUCGGCCAUAUCAGCCGAUUUAGGUCGUCAGGGCCCAGUGCAAGGCAACAAGGAGGCCCUAGCAACAGUGGCUGGGAUUAUAGAUGGCACUGGUAGUGUUGGGGCUGCCAUUGGACAGAUUUUGGUUCCUGUAAUUCAAGUUCACACCAGCUGGCAGUGGGUGUUUUAUUUCUUUAUUGUCAUGACUGCUUUGACAGUUGUCUGCAUUUUACCACUAUUGAAGAAUGAGAUUAUGACCAUGAGAUGUUGUCAGCAACGUAGACGUGCAUUAGUAGUUAAUGUUAAUCCAGAUUAAUAUAAUAUUUACAUGAAGACCAAAUUCACAUAAGCACACUGAAAAAAUAUCCCAUUUCAUAAGUGAUAUCGGAAAAUGAAGAUCUGAAAUUUCAGAAAAGUAUUUUUCAGACAUGCAAAUUUUUUUAGGUUUUUGACGUAGUUUAAUUUAAGCAUUUUAUUUAAAUUCCAAUGUUAUUAAUGUUUCAAAUACAUUUCAACCCACUGGAUUGCAGUCUUAUCAAUUAAUUAUUUUAAAGAAAUUAGAAGUUGAUGAAUUUUAAAAAGUUGAACAUUGCAAAAAGUAAAGGCGGUUUUAUGUCUCAUUGACUUAAUGUAAUACAGACUUUGAGUUAUAGAUCGGUUUUAACAGUAUUUUUAUUUAUACAUUUUAAAUAAGAAAAUUAGCUCUUUUUAAUCUCAGACAGUUCUAAGCAGUUAAAGUAUUUACUAUGCUGACACCUACCGCCAUCUUGCAAUUAGAAACCUCUAUUGUUUUCUUCAUUUUAAAAUUUUCUUGUUUAGUCAAUCACAAUACUGCCGAUUAAAAUUGCUUUCAAAAUUGCUUACUAAAUGUGUUCAGAAGGAACGUAGGUUUUCUGCAUAUUAGAUUUCUCUUUUUUCACUUAUCAAUGUAUCAGAUUUUGCAUUGAAAGCUUCUAGUCAUCUACAUGCACAUAACUUUUUACUUCUACGUAAUUAUUUAUUUAUAUAUGUGUUCUUAAAUUGAUUGAAUGGUAUGUAUAUACAUGUGUAUCAAUUAGGAAAUGUUUUUAAAUGCAGUGUAUUGUAUUUCGAUGGGAAAUGGUAAUAUUUCAUGACUGAAUAAAAGGUGAAAAUAGA